AUUAAGACCGGUGUACAAGAACCAGCGACAAGCAUUAACGCGUGUACAAUGUGUGUUUCGCACACUGCAUGCACUGUGUACAACUAAACUGUAUGUUGUGCAUGGCCCUUCCGGUAUUUGGGCGAAAAAAAGCCGACUGAGUUAAUCGCAGCGGUCUCAAAAAAGUGGUUUUCCUGUGGUCAUUACAGGAAAAUGGCCUCUAGAAAUGAAUUGAUUGGGAAAGCAGAAGAUAUAGCUGAUCAGGUACUAAGACGCAGCAAGCACGUCUUGCCCCAUGUAGCCAGACUAUGUCUCAUCAGCACUUUCCUGGAGGAUGGCAUUCGUAUGUGGUUCCAGUGGGGUGAACAGCGAGAUUACAUAGCCCAGACAUGGGGCUGUGGCACAAUUAUCAGUACCUUAUUUGUGUUGAUCAACCUGGUUGGGCAGCUGACUGGCUGUGUGAUGGUGCUAAGCAGGCUCAAAGUACCAGUUGCAUGCGGUCUCCUGUUUGCCAUCAUUGCUUUGCAGACCGUUGCUUACAGUAUUUUAUGGGACCUGAAGUUCCUGAUGAGAAACCUGGCUUUGUCAGGUGGUAUCAUCCUCCUCCUGGCUGAGUCCCGCACCGAAGGCAAGAGCCUGUUUGCCGGCGUCCCCACCAUGGGUCAGAACAAGCCCAAGACCUACAUGCAGCUCAGCGGCAGGAUACUCCUAGUCCUCAUGUUCAUGACCCUGCUCCGCUUCGAGAUGUCCUUCGUCCAGAUGGCGCAGAACCUCAUCGGUUCCGCUCUCAUCAUCCUGGUGGCUGUUGGCUUCAAGACCAAGCUGUGUGCGCUGGUACUCGUGCUGUGGCUGACGGUGAUCAACUUCUACUACAACGCCUGGUGGCACAUCCCCAGCUACCGCCCCAUGCGCGACUUCCUCAAGUACGACUUCUUCCAGACCUUCUCGGUCAUCGGGGGUUUGCUUCUGGUUGUGGCGUUGGGACCGGGAGGGGUCAGCAUGGAUGAGCAUAAAAAGGACUGGUAGUCUGGGUAUUCAUAGCCUUGUAACGGUUUUGGCCUCCCCUCCAUUUUAUGCAGUUCUUUCCCUUGUAUCUGCUGAAACAGGGUUUGCCAGUGUAAGGCCAUGUCCGAUCUCUUGUCUAGAGCUAUUUCCGCGCCUUGGCUGGUUGCAGCUACCAUAUGUUGGCACAUGAUGACAAUUGACUGAUCUAUGCAUGAACAAUCUAAGGCAGUUUGAGACCACUUUCAAGAACCACAUUGGGAGAGACACACUGUUUGCAUACUUCGCAUGGCUUAUUUUAUUUUUCCUUUCACUUGAACGCCAGGCGUACGUCAAGAAUGUGUGUUCAAGAGUUUCUCCUAGUGGUCCCUCAAAAGUCGCUCUUUGUAACCAUUCAGGGGUACAUGUACUUGUGCUCCGUGUCUAUAUAUACGCAACCAUACAUUUUAGCUCUAGGCAACCAUUAUGGACAUGGCCUUUAGGUGUAUAUCACCAAAAAAUUAUGCUAUACAAAAAAAAAGCUUUCUUGUUUAUUCCGAAUCUGAAAGAUGAGGAAAUAUUUCGCCUUGUGCUGUCUUCGUAACUCAUCCUUGUUUGGAAUAGUUUAAACCUUAGAGUAGCAAAUAUUCUGCUAUAAUUGAAUGCAAACAAGUUUGUUGGCUUAGUUAACGUUUAUCAUUGCUUCAUCAAUUCUGUACAUAACUACACAAAAAUGAACAAUUAUUUUGCCAAUAUUUAAUGUGAAACAGAAAAACCAAUACACUUAAAAAAAAUUAAAUAGGUUUGAAAUUCUUUGGCUGCAAGUUAUUACAUUACUGUCCAGUUACAACCAGUAGGUCAGAAAAAUCAAUGUGAAUACUUCACAGUUGAUAUGCUUUGUAACAUAGGUAAAAAACAAAAACAAGAAUGGGUGCUGAUAAUUAAAGUUAAAUUUAAGGUUUGGUUUUAAACGUUAUUUUUGUUUUGUUUUUCAUUCUUCCCUACCACCUUCAGAGUUUGGUUGUAUCCUAAUGCCGGUUACUUCUCGUAUGUGUAGUUAGAUUUUAUUGGUUGUUGGCCUUUUUUUCCUUUUGUCGUCUUUUUAAUGUUUUCUCUGGAAAGCUGUGAUGAUGUCAUGAUAGUUCCUCAUUUGUGCAUCCACAUUAUUGCAUGUCUAAGAGAUAACUGUAUUGUCAAGUUAGGCAUUCCGAGGGUGGUAGAUAUAAUUGAAAUUCAAUUUUGUCAUCUUAAUUUUAUUAACAAGAUGCCAAAAACAAAUAAAACAAUACCCCAGUAAAAAAAAACACUAUUAAUGAUAGCUGACAUGUUUAACUUGUUCUCUAAUAAUUGGGCAAAUAAUCGUUUUUUAUUGUGUUCCUAAUUUUUUUUAACCAACAUUUUGGCUCUGCAUCUCAUUGUGCAAGCAUAGGCAAACUAGAAUGAGUCGUAAAAAUGUACAAAUGUUCAACUAACAGAUUUUUUUCCACUUGUGUAGCUGUAUGUUACUGUACUAGGUAUAAUUUUUGAACCCCCAAGUUUACAAGUGUGUUUAUAAAUACGUGCCUGAGAAUUUGUGUAUUAAAGUUUUGUUGAGAAUUAGAAACAUCCGAACGCACUCUGACCGAUAUGUAAAAUAUACAUGUAUGCCUUUUCAUAACAUUUUAUCUUUCAUUCACUCAUGAAAUAUGGUGUUAACUGGAGACCUAAAAGUGUUGAGAAAAACAAUUUUUUCUUUGAAAUAGCUUUUUUUUUAAGCUAUUUUCAGAUUGUACAAUUACGUGGCUUUUCACAUGAACAUGUAAAACCCUGACCUAUUUUAUUCUCAAAUUGUAUACAAUUUGUGUAUGUUACAACUUACAACCACUUCAGUUAUUUAAAAAAAAUGUAUUUUACAUAAAGAGGUGCUUUAUGUUAAAACAAAAUGAGAAAUUGAAUGAAAAUCUUUGCAUACUUGUAUCUACAUGAGAAAUGAACACUCCCUCUAUGGGCAAUUGUGCAUAGUUUUCAUAAAUUUCCUUUUUUUUAAAUUUUGCUUGAUGUAUUUUUUAGAAAACAUUUAGUUGUUUUCCUUCAAAAUGUCAUGUAAUAUCCAAUUAAUGAUCCAAUACCAGGAUUAGGCUACUUGUAAAUCCCCUGUACACUGUAUUAAAGACAAUUUCAAGUGGAUGUUUACAACAAA